CAUUAAUUUAAACCACUAAAGCAGAAAAUUAAAUGCAUGUACGUUGCAUUCACAAGCCAUUUCUCUCUAUAAAUAAACAAUGCCAUUUGUGGUAAGCACAAGCACAGACUAAAGAAACAACAAUGAACCCUUCUCUUCAUCUAACAGUCACAGCUUUGUGCUGUCUAGUUGUUGUGCUUGGAGGGUUACCCUUCUCUUCAGAUGCACAGCUUGAUCCUUCCUUCUACAAAACCUCUUGUCCAAAUGUUCAUUCCAUUGUUCGCGAAGUUCUAAGGAACGUUUCCAAGACGGAUCCUCGUAUUCUUGCCAGUUUCAUCAGGCUUCACUUUCAUGAUUGCUUUGUUCAAGGUUGUGAUGCAUCGAUCUUGUUGAAUGACACGUCGACGAUCGUGAGUGAACAAGGAGCUUUUCCGAAUAACAACUCAAUAAGAGGUUUGGAUGUUGUGAAUCGAAUCAAAACUGCGGUGGAAAAUGCUUGUCCUAAUACCGUUUCUUGUGCUGAUAUUCUUGCUCUUUCUGCUGAAAUUUCAUCUGUUCUGGCUAACGGUCCUGAUUGGAAAGUUCCAUUGGGAAGAAGAGAUAGUUUAACAGCAAAUCAAUCACUUGCUAAUGCAAAUCUUCCUGGCCCCUCUUCCAACCUUACUACACUAAAAUCCUUCUUUUCCCGUCAAGGCCUCAACACUACUGAUCUAGUUGCACUCUCAGGCGCUCAUACGAUCGGUAGAGGUCAAUGCCAAUUCUUCGUUAAUCGAUUAUACAAUUUCAGCAACACUGGAAAUCCCGAUCCAACUCUCAACACGACGUACUUGCAAACAUUGCAAGCAUUAUGUCCCAAUGGUGGACCGGGUACCACCCUCGCCAAUUUGGACUUAACCACUCCCAAUACAUUCGACUCAAAGUACUACUCCAAUCUUCAAGUUCAAAAGGGUUUGUUUCAGAGUGAUCAAGAGUUGUUUUCGACAAGCGGAUCAGACACCGUCGCCAUUGUCAAUAGCUUCAACAACAAUCAAACUCUUUUCUUUGAAAAGUUUAAGGCCUCAAUGAUUAAAAUGGGUAAUAUUGGAGUGUUGACUGGAGCUCAAGGUGAAAUUAGAAAACAAUGCAACUUUGUUAAUGGGGCUUCUGUUGGACUUGAUUCAAUGGUCACUAGAGAAUCUUCACAAGAUGGUGUUAGCUCAUACUAAGUAAUUUUAAUUAAGACAAGUUGGUUAAGCUUAAAGUACCUAAUAAAGAGUGUGUUUUAGAGGCACAUGCAUGUUGUGCUUUUGUGGUGGAUGGUGAUAGUUUUGUACUUUGUACAAUAUGGCCAAUGAUGCAGUGUUUGUAAUAUCUAUUUUCCUAUUAUAUGAUAAUACUUAUGUGUUA